AUGGAUGGAUCGUUGCCGUCCUACGAGGCAGCAAUGCGUGAAGCGAGGGCGUAUCUACGUCGUCGAGACUUGUCGUCUGAAGACGAGAUCCCUCUGUACUUUGCAUGGCAACGUUUGUAUGCUGCAGCCAACGCCAACCUCAGCACGGACUUUUUGUGUGAAACGCGUGCAGAGCGUCGUGCUCGUCAAGAAGCACGGCUGGCACCACGUCGCGGUAUCCCACCGCCAUUGUUUACUUCAUUCGACAGAGCUCGUCGCACUUCCGCUCAAGCUUCAGCUUUCCUGCGAGCCGGAACAUCAUCAGAUGCUGCGAUCGAGAUGAUGGCGCGUCGGUACCGACGUGAAGCUGAAAAAUUGCGCUCGUCCAGAGAUAAAUUGUUGAGCUCGUUAGAUGAUGCAGAGAAGCGAGCCAAGAGAGCUAAACGACAGAAAUCUCCACUCCAAGAAGUGGAAGAUCUGCUCGGAAAUGUUGAGCGUUCGGAGGUUCUUUCGGAUUCCGAUGAUCCACUUUCAGCAAAGACUGUAAAGGGCAAGUCGGCAAGAUCUUCGAGUUCUGCUGCCAGGCGAAUGAAGAAGACCAUGCGGCAGCAGGAAGCUGCAGAACUGGACUCGGAUGAUCAACUUGAUGCAUCGAAAGUUCUACCGAAGUCGAAGGCACGUAUGUUUACCGGUGGUAAACUUGGUGCUGGUAGGAGCGCAGAUGACUUUGACGAUGAGAUCGGAAUCGGUGUCAGUCCAGCCAAAGCAGCGGCGUUGCGAAGGUCGAAUAUACCUAAAGUAAACCCAGCGACUAUGCCGUCGUUCUCAACUGAUGCGAAUGUGGCGGCAUUUUCUGCUCGCGUUGCAGAUUGGAGGAUGCCUCCGGACAUUGGUCGAGCGUCUUCGGCGCCUGAACUUUCUCCAAAAGGAACAGCACGAAAAUCUACUGCGAGUGGGAAUGGGAAGCGUUUGAGCGGAGCAAACGAGUUACGCGAAUCUACACCCGUUGAGAACGAUAGGGCCGAUGUGAUGUUCGAGACGAGUUCAGGGAGCUCUGGAAUGGUGGAGGAUGGCGUUGGUCUAGGCGCCAGUAUGAACGUCGAUGCUCGUGUAUCACCAAUGGGUCGACACAGGACUAAAAGGGAAGACGUCGCUGAGGACAAGUUGAAACCAAAACGAGGUCAACAAAACGCAAGUAAGGAAACUGGGGUUAAAGUGGUGGGCGAUCCAUCUCGCGGUUUAUCCGAUGCCGACCCAAAUUCGAUCGAUAAACAACAAACUCUGUCAGACAUCGGCGGUAAUGCUGCUCAAAAAUCUGAAUUCCAAGAGAAGCUCCUUCAAAUAUCGCAUGCAGUGGGGGACAUGCAGGUGAAAAUCCAGGGUAAACAGAUCGAAGUUACGUUUAAAGGUGCACUUGACGGUGAGGCUGAUGAAAAAGACAGUAAGUCUACUGGUAAAGUUCCGGAGUCCUCCUUCAAAUCGGAUGAAACCAAGCAGCCAUUCGCGGAUCAAAAAGUAUCGGACACAUCAGGAUCUACCUAUGAUGAACGUGCAGAAGAGCGAGACAAUGAUGACAACAUAACACAAGUCAAAGCUCAGGAUAAAGAUGUAAAUGUAUCACACAAACCAAGCAACGUUAGAUUUGCGGAGGUGGCCCUCAAUGCUGAUAAUGAAACCCACAAUGUGGAGGGGUCAUUGGCCAACGAACCAGCCAGGCAAAGCAAACCCAGUCAGCAAAACCUGGCGGGUGGUUCUGUUGAAGUUCCACCGGCGAAAUACCAGGGACGACCACGUCAGAUUCCAACUAGCCAACCACACGAAAGUGUAUCGAAGCGAUCAGCACCAACAGUAGAAGCUACUACUACUGAAAACAACGAUAAGAGCAAGGAUACAACAGAAACUACAUCUUUGGGAGAACUUUUUCGCUCCGGUAAGCCACAGCAAAGCACCGAUGGUGAACGAGGAAAUUUACGUCAUGAAGAAGAUAAUUCCGAUGAAGGCGAAGAUCGAACUGAUGCUGAUUCCACCGGUGAGCGUGUUAAGGCUCAAGACGCGGGUUCAAGAAGUAAAACCGAUGACGAUACCUUGCGUGAACAAGAGUAUCGAUUUUCAUCCCCUAGAGAGGAACUAGGAGAACUAAAGCCUAGCACUCUUGAGUCUGCCAGUGAUUAUCAGGGGAUCCAUGCCGUAGACACAAGCAAUAGCCUUAGAAGGCCACCCCACAUUCAGUCGAAAAAUGCGGAUCGUUCCAGAAACCUACAACAAAAGCAGACGAGUGACGAAGGUCAGAGUGAUUUCGAACGUGAUCUUCGGACUACGGCAAGUAAGCGUGCAGCAUUUCAAGAAUCUGCUGAAUUGAAGUAUAAGGAUACAGAACUUCGAGAUAACCGAGAUUCAAACUAUGAAGGUCGGCACAGCGAUGAUAGUGCCCACAACGCUAAAGAAAGCUUUCAGGAGGCUGGUCACCCUCGCAGUGGUAAAGGCGGCUUUGACGACGUUGAAAACAAGCAUGAGAGUACAAAACGUCAAGAUGACCGUGAUUCAUACUCUGAUGAAGGACGCUGCCGCGAACAAGGGAGAAAACAAGGUAAUAGUGGCCACGAGGCUGAAGAAAGUUUUCAGGUAGGUGGUCACUCUCGCAGUGGUAAAGACGACUUUGACGAAGAUGAUCGUAGCACGAAGACGAAUGUACAACCGUCUAGAACAAGUAAGAACGAGAGAUUAGAGGGCAAUAGGCAAGAACAACUCCAUCGCGACCUUGGGAGACCACACGAGGACAACGCUCCCAACACUAAAGCUGAUAUUCUGGAAGGAGUACAUAGUCGAAGUGACGAAAAAAAUCUGCCUAAAACAAGUGAUCGCGCUGAGAUUCAUGACUCGACGAGCGAGAUUAAGGACUCAAUGGGGGGUCAUUAUCGGCCACACUCUAAAGGAUCCAAUCGUGAACAAAUGGGGCAGCAACAAGAAGAAGCUCAGGGCGUUCGUGACACUCGGAGUGAUGGGCUUCGAUCCACCCGCCGGAGACCACAUGAUGCGGCUGCUCAUGAUGAGCGAAACAAUCGUGGUAUUGAGGGAUUAAACAAACCUAAGGGUAGCAAGUCUGUCGAGCAGACCUCAAGACCGAAACGAGACAACCAGGAAACCUCGCUGAGAUCGUCACGUAAGACUACUGACACUAGCGGUGCAGCUCAUGAACUGAAGUCGAGUUCAACAGGACGGGAUGUGAAUGCGUCGCCAGCUCAAAAGGACAGCGAGUUCGACUCACAGUCUUUCAGUGAUGCAAGCGAAGAUUUAAUCGAUAACAGUGGCAAUGAUAGCGAAAUGGACAGCGACGACGCGUUUUCCAUACCGAUAGAGAAUGAUACCCAGCGCUCCAGCAAAAAACACAAAGAACAACUUCGCACAAGACGACACAAAUCUCCCGAUUAUGAGCAGACCAGUCAACGUGCGUUAGCGUCCAGAAAGGAUAAACCUCGUACGUCGCGUCCAAGUCGCAACGAACGCGAAGAAGCUCCUAGCGAUGAAUCGUUCAGUGAUGAAGACCUAUCGGAUGGUCCAGACUCCCCACACAGACGAUUCCAAGAUCCACGACACCAUCCGUCUGAGCGGGUUCUGGAUGACAGACAGGAAGCUCGUUCACGAAACGACAGUAAACGGAUUUCGUCUCAAUCCAAGUCGUCUCGACACGCGGUAUCCCACGACAAACGACGAUACUACGCGACCGACUCCAGCGAUAAUAGCGAUGUCACCGACCAAAGCGAUUCCGACUCCCAAGACGAGCAGAGCUCCGAUGAAACUCAUCACCCUUCGUCAGCUCACCGCUCACGUUCCCGUCAGUCAACCAAAACGCACCGUCAAACGUCUCGAACUUCGACGCUCGAACCAACUCGUCGAAGUCAUUAUCUUCCACCAAGUAUGAACCUCAUACCAAAGCGGAGCAAACCAGGCGUCCGAAUGAAAAGAGACGAUAAAUCGAAAAGCAAAACCUGGUCGAGCAAAGCAGCGUACAAGCUCCCAGAGGGGAUUGUGUGGCCUCCUGGAAUGGAAAAGGAGUGCAUCGCCCGACUCGGUCUUGAUGGGCAUCACCCCAUAGCUCCACCAGGGCUAGAGCACCUGGUAACAGAGGAGCAAUGGGGGGAUUACUGGACAUGGCUGCAUUGGUACUCAUCGUGGCAGAUGUGGUAUUUGAAGAAUGGUAAGAAGCCGAAACGUAAAUCGGACAAGGAGAAGCGAGGUCGUCGACAUGCUGACAUUGACGAAACUCUGGACUACGAAGCCAAAUACCACGACAAGCAUGGCCCUAAGAACGCUAACUGGUGGGUUGAUGUUGGCUCAAGCAAGCGCAGACACCGCCACGAUCGCUAUCGUUAA